AUGAAAAGAGGGUUUGAUAAUCGUGGAGAAGGUUCAUCUUCUAAGCGCGUUCGCUUUGAUUCCAACACAAGAAGUAGUUCAGCGGACGACAUCGAAUUCAACCAUGAGGACAUGCUUGAAGAAAAAAAGAGUCGUAAAGGAGCAGUUAAUUUCGACGUCUAUGGUAGCGAUGACGAAGAAGUGGGAUAUAGCAGUGGUGACUCUGAAGAUGAAGGAAAAUCAGAAGAAGAAGAAGAAGAAGAGAAAAAACCAGCCAAUGACGACUUUGACAUGUUUGGUGGUCAACCUGCUGCCAAAGAGAAAAAAAAGAAAAAGAACCCUAAUGACGAGAUAGAAGGUCAAGACUAUACUUCAUAUGAUCGAGAAGAAGAAGAGGAAGGUGAUAAAAAGGAAGUCAAGAUCACUGCGUUUAAUAUGAAAGCAGAAUUGGAAGAAGGUACAUUGGAUGAAAAUGGCAACUACAUUCGCAACAAAGAAGAUCCUCAAGCGUUUCAUGACAAAUGGAUGGAAGGCAUCACUCGCAGAGAAAUCAACCAAGCAAAAGAGGCACAUGAAAAGCGAGAAAGAGAGGAAGCAUUAAAAGAAGCAGAACGACAAGCAAAUCUGCCACAGACACAGACAGAUAUAUACCGCACACUUGUCGAAUACCUUCAACCUGGGCAGAGCGUGCAGGAAGCAUUGACUUCGUUAGCCAAUUCCCUUCCUAAAAAAUUACCAGCGUGGAAACAAAAGAUGCUGGAUAAAAAGAACAAGAACAAAAAGCAAUCAGCACCUGCCUUGAGUGAAGAAGAAGAAGAAGUGAGACGAAAAAAGGUGGAGGCGAUCACUGGAUUAGCCGAUCAGAUGAUGGCAUUGGGGUACUUUAAUGUCUAUGAUGAUACCUUUGAAAUGAUGAUACGACACCUGCGAAAGGAAGGCGUCGUUUCUCAAGAUUGGAUGCCAGAGUCUGCUAAAGAAUAA